AUGGCCCGCAUCGGGAAUCAGAAGGCCCGUCAAACAACAAACCCCUCGUCCUCAUUCUAUCGCAACCUGGAAGAUGCACUAGAAGUUAAGAAGAAGUCGCACACCUUCUAUUCUAUCCAACAGAACCUAUGGCAAGCAGCUGAGUCAACAGUCGACUUCAUCUCCAACGACAUUCUCUCUUUUGGCACCAGCGGCAUCUUGAAGACAGAAUACUUGAAAGAGCUUUCCCGAUAUGAUCAACACAACCCUGGGGCGCCGGGAUCGCGACUCGCCGAAGGAAACUACGCCUAUAUAGAAGAAACCGAGCAGCACAUUGCUAAGUUUCAUGGCGCUGAAACGGCACUACUGCUGGCUUCUGGGUUCGAAGCAAACGUGGCCAUAUGGACUUCAAUACCACGACCGGGCGACGUAAUUCUAUACGAUACCUUGGUGCAUGCCAGCACUCAUGAAGGGAUUGACCAGAGUCUGGCAGGAGAACGAGAGAGUUUCGCACACAACAGCAUCGAGGACUUUCGCCGCAUCCUAACAUGGAUCAUAGAGUCCAAUCCGUUGAUCCAAAGGGGUGCAAGAUCAGUCUUAGUAGCUGUCGAGUCUGUCUAUAGUAUGGACGGUGAUGUCUGCCCAUUGCAAGAACUUGUUGAUGCCGCGAAGGAAUUGGCUCCUUCCGGAGGUGUCCAGUUCGUGGUGGAUGAAGCCCAUAGCAAUGGCAUAUAUGGGCCUCAAGGCAAGGGUCUUGUGUGCGCUCUCGGUCUGGAAAAAGAGGUGGCGAUAGUGAUGCAUUCGUACGGCAAGGCAUUAUCCUCAAGAGGCGCUGCCAUCCUUGGAAAUGAGACAAUCAAAUCUACGCUCCUCAACUUCGCACGAACUAUCAUUUUCACGACUGCGCCUUCAUUCGCAUCUGUAGCACUUAUCCGGACAGGAUACAGGCUGUUAGAGUCGGAAGUUGGAAGACAGGUUCACGAUCUUGUGGAUUUCUUUUUACAGUCAAUCAUAUCGCACCCCCUCUGGGAAAGCGCAGAAAACACCGGGCUACUCGCCAUUCCCCUGCUAAAGGACUGGGAAGGAUCACCAACAGCGACAUCCCACAUAAUCACGAUCCGCACCCGACAACCAUGCACAUACUGGCUGUAUUUCCACCUCCUCCUAGACGGCUACUGUGUCUUCCCUGUCGAGCACCCUGUCGUCGCCAAGGGCGAAAGUCGCUUAAAGGUUACAUUCCACGCCGGCAACACGGAAGAGCAAGGAUGGAGUAGCCUGGUCAACCGGGCGUAA